GAGAGAAAGCCACAUGGUGAGAUUGGGAGUGCAAGGGAGCCUCUUCUUAAUGUGUCCCAUGAUUCUGAAAAGUAUUCUGUAUCUGCUGCGAUUUUCCCGUUUUUCUUCCCAGCUCUUGGUGGGCUGCUGUAUGGCUAUGACAUAGGCUCUACAUCGUGUGCAACAAUUUCCAUUGAGUCGCCAACACUAAGUGGAGUAUCUUGGUACAACUUGUCCUCCAUUGAAAUUGGUCUUGUUACUAGUGGAUCAUUAUAUGGUGCCUUAAUUGGUUCUGUUUUGGCCUUCAAUGUUGCUGACUUCCUAGGUAGAAGAAGGGAGCUGGUUUCAGCGGCAUUGUUAUAUCUUGUCGGAGCACUCGUAACAGCACUAGCUCCAAAUCUUCCUAUAUUGGUGAUAGGAAGAUUUGUUUAUGGUAUAGGAAUUGGAUUGGCAAUGCAUGCUGCUCCAAUGUACAUUGCUGAGACGGCCCCGUCAUCAAUACGUGGACUACUGAUUUCUCUGAAAGAGUUCUUUAUAGUACUUGGGAUGGUGGCAGGUUAUGGAAUUGGUAGCCUUCUGGUAGACACGGUAGCUGGGUGGCGGUAUAUGUAUGGAGUUAGUAGUCCUUUGGCAGUAAUCAUGGGAAUUGGAAUGUGUUGGCUCCCAGCUUCUCCUAGAUGGCUACUUUUAUGUGCUAUACAGGGGAAAGGGGAUGGAGAGAAUUUGAAAAGCACCGCAAUUCAUUGUCUAUGCCGUAUUCGAGGUCAAGCUGUUGAUGACUCAGCUCAUCGGCAAGUGGAUGAAAUUCUGGCUGAGCUUGCUUAUGUGGGUGAAGAAAAAGAGGUUACUUUUGGAGAAAUGUUCAGAGGAAAAUGCUUGAAAGCCCUUACCAUUGGUGCAGGAUUGGUCUUGUUUCAACAGAUCACAGGGCAACCAAGUGUGCUUUACUAUGCUGGAUCAAUCCUUCAGAGUGCAGGAUUCUCCGCUGCAUCUGAUGCAACCCGAGUCUCUAUUCUCCUUGGUUUUUUCAAGUUGAUUAUGACCGGAACUGCUGUCGCUGUUGUCGAUAAAGUUGGAAGAAGACCUUUACUACUGGGAGGAGUUUCAGGGAUGGCAGUAUCUUUAUUCCUUCUGGGUUCAUAUUACAUUUUCUUAGAUGAUGCUGCAGUCGUUGCUGUAAUUGGUCUGCUGUUAUAUGUUGGCUGUUAUCAGAUUUCGUUUGGUCCAAUUGGUUGGCUAAUGAUAUCAGAGGUUUUCCCCUUGCGCUUAAGAGGUCGCGGACUCAGUAUCGCUGUACUUGUUAACUUCGGCGCAAAUGCUCUUGUGACAUUUGCUUUCUCCCCACUGAAGGAGUUACUGGGAGCAGGAAUUUUGUUUUACAUAUUUUGUGCAAUAGCAGUGGGAUCUCUUGUAUUCAUAUACUUCAUUGUACCUGAAACCAAGGGACUUACCCUUGAGGAGAUUGAGGCCAAAUGUCUAUAAUCAGAGUCACCUUGUAACUUCUACAUAUCUAGUUGUACUUGUACUACUACUGCAAAUUCUCUUCAAAUCAAUGUUUUGUUAAUGAAACUUAUCAUGUAGAUGUAAACAAUUUGCAAUGAUGUAUGUUGUUGAGUUAAUUAUUAUGGAUGGAUGUAUCACCUAUUAUAUUAAUCACUUUAAUUUGGAUUCCCA